CGAGCGACCCGUGGUACAUCUCUCGCUCUUAGAGUGAAGGCAUCAGUGCAGUCGAGUCCAGAAAAGUGAUGUAUUUGAUGACUGGCCUUGUAAGCUGCAUCUUUCUGUUUUUGAUUGUACCUUUCCCGACAAUUUUUGCUCAAGGAAAUUAUGACCUGAGGCUUGUCGGAGGAUCAACACCUUCUGAAGGGAGGGUGGAAAUCUAUAUGUAUGCGCAAUGGGGAAGAGUGUGCAGUGAUGAUUGGGAUGACAAUGAAUCUAUGGUGGUCUGUCGCCAGCUUGGCUAUUUAGGAGUAUCUGAAACGUUCUCCGAGGGCGCCGUGUACGGUGAAGGAACUGGAUUAGUUCAGCUAGCUGAAGUGAGCUGUACAGGGACGGAGACAUCAUUGUUGUACUGCUUUCAUCGUCGCACCUGGGGGAGUGAUGAUUGCACUCAAGAUGUAGGGGUCAGAUGUCAAGAAUACUCUGAAGGAUCACUGAGAUUGACCGGAGGAAAGGACGUAAACGAGGGGCGUCUUGAGAUUUACCAUCUCGGGGCUUGGGGUACAGUCUGCUUUACAGAAUGGGACAUGGUCGACGGUUUGGUAGCCUGUCGACAACUUGGUUACCCAGGCGUUGAUAUGGUAGGACUCGCCAGUGGACAAGGUACAGGGAAAAUCUGGCUUGACGUUGUUCGUUGCAGCGGCAUCGAGAAGAGACUUGAUGAAUGCCAUCAUGAUAUCUGGGGAGCCAACGUUUGUGACCAUGCAGAUGAUGCAGGAGUCAGGUGUGCAUUGUUCCCAGAGGGCAACCAAACACUUAGACUGAUGGAUGGGGAGACGGACAAUGAGGGGCGGCUAGAGCUUUUCCUCAACAAUGAAUGGGGCACAGUGUGCGAUGAUGAAUUUGAUAUGAACGAUGGUAAAGUGGCCUGUCGUCAGCUUGGUUAUCCAGGGGUUCACUCGGUGUACGGAGAAGCCUCAUUUGGGCGAGGUUAUGGGAGAAUUUGGAUGGAUAAUAUGCAAUGCAGUGGUGCUGAGCUGGCAUUGACUGACUGUCCCCGCGGUAGUAGUGAUCAUCAUGACUGUUUGCAUUCUGAAGAUGUAGGCGUCAGAUGCUUAGCAAGGUCUGGUGAUAUGUCAGUGCGCCUGGUGGAUGGACCCUCGGACAAGGUUGGCCGUUUAGAGGUCUACCACGAUCACCAAUGGGGCACUAUCUGUGAUGAUGGCUGGGAUGCACUGGACACUCAAGUGGUUUGCAGGCAGCUUGGGUUUACUGAGAACGGAGCUUACUUCAUGGCGGCUGAUCAUGGGUACGGGACGUACGGGGAGUCCAGAGCAAUACUUUUGGAUACGGUAGAAUGCAUCGGAGAUGAAGAGCGGUUGGAGUACUGCGUUCACAAUGGCUGGGGAGUGCAUGACUGCCAACACUCAGAGGAUAUAGGCAUUGAGUGCUAUGUCAAAGGUAGUGGUCCAUCGGUUGGAGUGAUGGUGGGAAUCGGUGUUGGAUGCUUAGCAGGAGUUCUGUUUCUCUGUCUUUGCUGUUUGAAGUGCAAUAAAAGGACACCAUCGCAACACAGGGCAGUCCCCACCGAGGAUGUCCCUAGUCCAGGAGCCGUGCCUUUGGCUGAUGUAAUUGUACCAAGGGAAGGUACACCAGAACAGAACAAUAUCCAACCUGCAGUGGAUGCAGUGGGUCUACUGCCGCCCCCAUCAUAUGAUGAAAUCAGAAAUUAUAGAUCUGUAGGUUUUGAAGGCAUCAGUCCAUCGGGGGAACAAUGCAAUCAGAGACUUUACGCAUCACCCACAGCUCCCUACCCUCAAACACACCUACCACCUCCUGCACCCCACCCACAACCCUCGGCACCCUACCCCUUACCGUCAGGUGCUUCUGGUACCUACUAUUAUCCUGCAGCUGAUUCAGGGGUUGUUCUAUCCUCACCCCUGGAGUCCUAUCCAACCAAUGCACCAUACCCUACUAGAAAUUGCACCUCAGUAUGAUUACAAUUGAUUUGUGUGUGUCACACAAUACCAUUAUGGACGAUUGGGCCCUGUACCUUGUUACAUGAGAUUAUACAAUCAAUAAUAUGCCCAAUGUUGUAAUCAAUCAUUGAAUUGAUUGUAUAUUCUAUGUCACUGGACUCUUGUCAGUACUAUAUUCUAUUAUAUUCAUGUAUUUUUAUUGUCCUUGAAUGAUUGGAUGAUUGGCGUGGAAGCACCGUGGUGUAGUGGUUCUGACUCUCGCCUUGUAAUUGGAGGGUCGUGUGUUCGAAUCCCACCAUGUCCUAGCGUCCUUUGUUAAGGCGUCAAUCCACAUUUUGCAUUCUCCACCCAGGUUUUAAAUGGGUACCCGGUAGGAUGCGAAAGCCUAUGUAGUAUGCCUAGCGAUUGUAUCAUGGAACUAAUGUUGGAAUGCUCCCCAGGGAGUGGAGAAGGUGCUUGUAUGCGAGCAUGCAAGGAUCUGAUGACCGGGGUCAAGCGCUUACAGAUGUCGUUCUGAUGUGUUAAGCGCUAUAUAAAUGCGGAAUAUUAUUAUUAUGCAUCAAAUCUUGCCCAAGUGUGAAUAUUGUACAGGGAAUAAUUUUGCUUUACAGAUGUAUUUGAAUAGCAUUUUUAGUCAUAAGAGAAAAGCUCUCAACUAAGUAA